AUGUUACACCGAAUUCAAAAACUAUCACCUCAAACAGAUAAUUUGCCAAAAAUAGUCACGCCCGAAAACAUUGACAGUGGAAUAAAAACUUUAACUCUCAUACUUGAGCGACUGCAAAAGGAAAAACAGGCACAAUCGAUCGCAUCACAGAGAACUGUAUGGCAUUAUUGUGAUUUAAAUGGUGGACAAGCAUCAUUUUUAUGUCCUAAUGGUACGAUAUUCAGUCAAGUUGCAUUAACAUGCGAUUGGUGGUUCAAUGUAAAAUGCUCAUCAACAUCACAAUUAUAUGUGUUAAAUGAAAGACUAUAUAAAUACAUUUUACCAUUUUCUCCGAGUUUUCCAGAAGAUUUUUCUGGACCUGUUGUAGAUAGAUACUUAACGGCUAAAUUCAAGGAAAUGGAAAAAAAAAAUAAAAAUAAGGCGUUACCAUCGACAACUUUGAAACCUGAAUUUAUUUCCGACGAACAAAAAGAUCAUUAA